AUGUCUGAGAUUGACAUCCAAAUUCCAACUGCCUUUGAUCCAUUUGCUGAGGCAAAUGCUGAGAACUCGGGUGCGGCGGGGUCAAAGGAAUACGUUCAUAUACGUAUACAACAACGCAAUGGUCGAAAAAGCCUGACAACUGUCCAAGGGUUGAAGAAAGAGUUUAGCUACAAUAAGAUACUUAAAGACCUUAAAAAGGAGUUUUGCUGCAAUGGUACUGUUGUUCAAGACCCUCAACUUGGCAAGGUUAUCCAACUUCAAGGUGAUCAAAGGAAGAAUGUAUCAACCUUCCUCAUUCAAGCUGGCAUUGUGAAGAAAGAACAUAUCAAGAUUCAUGGUUUCUAGAUGCUGACAUGGCAUCAUAGUACUACUGGG